AUGUGGGUGUGGAUAUGUCGCAGGGUCCUUAGUACUAGUGGUGUCAACAUUCAGGAGGCCUCGAGGCCCAGAAAACCACUCCAGAGGUCUUUCAUCCAAGUUUGGGUUAUAAAAGGCCGAGAUAAGGGACUCUUGACGGCUAGUAGAGUAAGAGAUUAUAAAAAGAUAUCCCCACGGCCUAGCUAUAGAGGAGCUUUUUUAGGUCCAGACUGGCCGGUAUAUAUAUUUGGUUUGAUCGCGGAUAUCUUUGAGAAAAUGCUUAUAAAGCUGGUGUUUCUCAUUUACGUUGAGUGUUGGAGACGAUGUGACUAG